GCUAGACGUGAUAUAAAACAGCCAGCACAACAACCCAGUGGGGCAUUUUACGGCCAGACACACAAGCAGCAUGGACCUUGUUCUUCUCUGCAUGUUUCUGCCACUGCUUACAGUGGCUUGGGGCCAGUAUGAGGACUACUACAACCCCUAUGGCGAAUACAGGGGUGACGAUGCCUGGGUCAAUGUGUACCGGCAGGGUUUCAACUUCCAGUGCCCUCCUGGGGAAGUGAUAGUGGCAGUGAGGAGCACUUUCAGCAAAAAAGAAGGAUCUGACAGACUGUGGAACUAUGCCUGCAUGCCCACCCCACAGACCCUGGGAGAACCAACAGAGUGUUGGUGGGAAGAGAUCAACAGAGCUGGACUAGAAUGGUAUCAAACAUGUUCAAAUAAUGGGUUGGUGGCAGGAUUCCAGUCUCAGUAUUUUCCAUCUGUGCUUGACCGAGAGUGGCAAUUUUAUUGUUGUCGUUACAGCAAAAGAUGCCCGUAUUCAUGCUGGUUGACAACAGAAUAUCCUGGACACUAUGGUGAAGACAUGGACAUGAUGCUGUACAGCUAUGAUUAUUAUAUCCGUGGAGCAACCACAACUUUCUCCAGUGUGGACAGAGACCGCCAGUGGAAGUUUAUUGUCUGCAGGAUGACAGAUUUUGACUGUCAAUUUGACAAUGUUUAGUGACGUUGAAUAUAUAUAUGAGUGUAUGGAUCGAUGUAUACCCAACUCAGGGGGCUGAGUUGUGGUGUGGGGUAGGGGGAGUCAAAGGGUGAAAGAAAAUAUAUACAAAAGACAAUACAUCAGCCAUGCAGGAGCCUUUUUGCAGAGGUGUGUCUUUUCUUCUGCGAAACGGACUGCUCCAUGCGACACAGGAUUCUACAUUACACAAGCCCACCUACAAAGCUCUUAAUUAGGAAUUAGAUGUGCUGUUUCAGUUCACAUAAUCUCUGCAGAGCAAGUGUGCAGAAUACUUCAGCUGUUGCUGCUUUCUGACCCAUCCACUGCACUAUCAUUAACAGUGUAGUGUGCAUGGCCAGCUUCCUGCUGCCAGAGUAAAGAUGUUUCUGUCCUUUCUGAGGUCAUUUCUCAGACUCUUGCCUGUGCCUUACAGCACUGAUGUGAUAUUCUGGGUGUGCUCUUAGACAAAGCUGUGGACCAUUCCCUGGCAUUUUCUAUUGAUGGUGACUUUACUCCCUUUAGAUGCUUUCUGAGAUAAAGCUAGAGGAAAUGAUUUCCUUUGCAGUGUAGUUCAUCUGUACACAUGUCCAGCUAACAUUACAUAGCAUCGUAUAUUCACUGCACUCCAAUGUCAAUGUUUAAAAUAGACCACAGAAGUGCCUUCAUUUGUGCUUUGCUGAUUUUUCACAGCUCCUGAUAUGCACAGAACCCCUACUGCGGUGUGCCUCUUUCUUGGCGGAGAUGUCAGGGAAGCUGGGAUGUUUACAACGCUGUGCUCUUACAACCUAUGCCAAUAUUGUAUCACAUUCCUAUUAUAUAGUAGCACUGGCUGGCAGGAGCCAGGUUGCCUUAUCAACAGCAAUGUCUGCUAUGCACUCACGACUUCAACCGCUUCUAUAUGUAAACUCAAAGUAAGGUUGCUGCAGUAAUCUCUAAUGACCUUAAUGUCUUCACAAUGAAAUGCAACUAGGGAAAUAAAUGGUGAAAUUUACUCCAAACCCUGUACUAGGAUAUCUUUAUUAUGUACAUUAUCUACAACGGCAUUAUGAAUUGUAGUUAAAUCAAGAAAUAAAAUCAUGUGGCGAUGCAA